UUCAUUUCCAGUAUGGCGGCCGUUACUUGCGGAGGAGGACAAGUUGUUCGAAUUUGUCCUCAGUCUUACCGGGGUGGGCAGUAGCGUAUCGCCGGUCGACUCGAUAGCGAUUCGGCUGAAUCUCUCAGCGUCAAGACAGCCCAUGGCUUAAGGCAAUUUCGGUCGCAGAACAUUUAGGAAGAGGCGGUGCGUGUGGCUACAAGCAAGAGUGUCUCGGUUUUCCGUAUCUGCUUUGCUAAAAAAGGAGGGGAUUUGUUUUGAUUUUCAGGUCAGAAAGUUCACGGCAGUUCUGCCAGACUGCAACUACGUUCACUGCCUCCGUGAGCGAGAGACAGAAGGAUUUAAAACUGAACUUGUGAAUAGGCCCAACGGGGCUGACAUAGUUUUCUUCAUACUUAUGGGAUUUAUUCUGACAUGCAGUACGAGUUGGCUAGAACUUAUGGGUCCUCUUGCAAAUAAUUGUGUUCAUAGAGGAAAAUGGUAUAUUUUUGCUGAGGACGAAUGUGCUGAAACCGACUAGCUACCUAGCGGGGUAGCUAGCUAGCUUGGCUAGCUUCGGCGUGGGGAGUGGUAGCUAGCUUUGCGGUUUUGCUCUUACGGGAGAUAGCUAACAAACGUUUUUAAAUUAUAUCGGUAGUCUAGAUAACUACCUGGUGAUCGUGGAGCUUUGGUGUCUGGGCGAUUUGAUGAAAUUGAUUGCGAAGGCAGAAUAUAUGGCUAGCUAAAUGUAUGUAAUUGGUGGUGAGUGUCUCCGCAAGGUAGCUAGCUAGCUAACUACAGCAAGAGUAAGCAGGGCCAAGUGAGGAGCUAGACAGAGCUAGCUCAAUGGGGGGAUGCGGUCAUCAGUCCUACACAGGUAGCUGUAGCUAGCUAACUAAAAUAGUUCAUUUUCACGGAAUUUUAGCGAGCCAAUUAAGUAAGUUAGCCGGUGUAUGGAAUCGAAACGCAUUAAACCAGCACUACUUUAAAUUUCCCUAAUCGUCUUGAUAGCUACAGACAGUUCAGAGUAGCUAGCUAAGUCCCUUAUGCUAGCCCUCUACUAGGUGAAUAGCUUAGUUAUCUAUCUACCUGUGCGGUAAGCAGUAGCAAGAUAGUAAACUACAUUUUUAUGGAAGAGUUUAUUCUUGACCACAGCUGCUCUUUUGCGUGACAAUAUGGAGACCUCCCUGGACAGAUUUUUGACCUGCACAUGGAGUAUUUGACGUUUGUUGGACGUUAUGUAGCUAGCUAGUAUAGGGAUUGUUUGUGUCAAUGUUUGUUUUUUGUAACGUUAGUCUGUUUUUUUCCGAAGGGGCUGGGAUAUAAUUAUCAAAAGGCAUAGUUAGCUAUCUAGCUGCCACAACUAAUUAGUUGAAAAAAGGAAAGUGGAAAGUUUGCCAGUCUGGAUCAAGAAACCUUGUCUUUCGUCUCUGGUUGGAGUAACGCUCCCAAGCUUUCAUCAAUGCCUUCAGCGCUGGCCGUUUUUACCUGCCGCCCGAAUUCACACCCCUUUCAGGAACGCCAUGUCUACCUGGACGAGCCAGUCAAGAUCGGGCGCUCUGUGGCUCGCUGCCGCCCAGCCCAGAACAACGCAACGUUCGACUGCAAGGUGUUGUCAAGGAAUCAUGCUCUCGUCUGGUUCGAUCACAAGACGGGCAAGUUCUAUCUCCAGGACACCAAGAGCAGCAAUGGCACCUUCAUCAACAGCCAGCGCCUGAGCCGGGGGUCUGAGGAGAGCCCCCCCUGCGAGGUGCUCUCCGGUGACAUCAUCCAGUUCGGGGUGGAUGUGACUGAGAACACCCGCAAAGUCACCCAUGGAUGCAUAGUGUCUACAAUCAAGCUCUUUCUACCGGAUGGCAUGGAGGCGCGAAGACGUUCAGAUGUCAUUCAGGCGCCAUUACCACUUCCUGUUGAUAAGGUUGCCGCUAAUACGCCCAGUAUGUAUUCUCAGGAACUGUUUCAGCUUUCUCAGUAUCUACAGGAAGCCUUACACCGCGAGCAGAUGCUGGAGCAGAAGCUAGCCACAUUGCAGAGACUGCUGGCCAGCACACAGGAGGCCUCAGAGAGCAGCUGGCAGGCUCUGAUAGAUGAAGACAGGCUACUCUCGAGGUUGGAAGUGAUGGGGAACCAGUUGCAAGCAUAUUCAAAAAACCAAACGGAAGAUGGCAUCCGCAAGGAGCUGGUAGCCUUACAGGAGGACAAACACAACUAUGAGACAACAGCCAAAGAGUCCCUGAGGCGGGUUCUUCAGGAGAAAAUCGAGGUGGUCAGGAAGCUGUCGGAAGUGGAGAGGAGUCUCAGCAACACAGAGGAUGAAUGUACUCACCUGAAAGAGAUGAAUGAGCGCACGCAGGAGGAACUGCGGGAGCUGGCUAACAAGUACAACGGGGCAGUGAACGAGAUCAAGGACCUCACGGACAAGAUAAAGCUGGCAGAGGGGCGGCAGGAGGAGCUGACGCAGAAGGGGCAGAGUGAGAAGAAGGAGCUGCAGCUGCGCAUUGAGGAGAUGGAGGAGAAGGAGCAGGCGCUCCAGGCUCGCAUCGAGGCCCUGCAGGCCGACAACGACUUCACCAACGAGCGCCUGACCGCUCUGCAAGUCCGUUUAGAACAACUUCAGGAGAAAAACAUAAAGGAAAACAACAGUUUAGAACACUUUCUUUUAAAGAGUGGAGGGGACUGCACUUUUAUCCAACAGUUCAUUGAAUGCCAGCCUGUGAAGCAAUUGAAAGAGGCAGUGGAUUCUUCGCUGACCAAGAUAUCCAACUUUGAUGAAGUCAUUGAUGCGCAUCUACAAAACAACCAGAUGUCUGACGAGAACAGCUUGGACAGUCCUGAGAGACUCAAAGCCAAACUUAUUGAUGAUGGGCAUCACCAGAAUGUCAUGGAUGAAAAUAAGCUUGUAAAAGAAAAUCAAAUAGAUGCUAAAGAGUCGGAUAUGUCAGACACACUGAGUCCCAGCAAGGACAAAAGCAGUGACGACACUUCAGACGGGCAAAUGGAUGAGCAGGAAUUGAAUGAGCCCCUGAACAAGGUUGCUCUACUGAAAGACGAGCUACGGCGGGCCAACCUGGAGCCCGGCGACACGGAGCAGGUGAUCCAGCACCUGCACAGGGAGCUGCUGGAGGCCCAGGAGCUCGCCAACACCGGCAAGCAGAAAUGUGUGGAGCUGCAAGCUCUACUGGAGGAGGAGAGGAGGACUAAUAAGCAGCAGACAGAGGACUCUGCCAAACAGAUCCAGUUUCUGCAGGCCCAGCUCCAGAAGCUGCAGGCGGACAUGGAGGUGCUGCGGGAGCAGCGCGAGAGCGCCAUCUCCAGCACGCGCGAGGAGCUGUACAGCGCCCAGGAGGAGGUGCUGAUGCUGCGGCACGCCAUGGAGACCGCCAACGCCGAGCGCGAGCGCGAGAUCGCCGCCCUGCAGGGGGACCUCGGCGCCGUCACCGCCGAGCUGGAGAAGUGGCGCCAGGCCGCCGCCAAGUACGAGAUGGAGAUCAGCACCCUGCAGGCCAGCUUCCAGCAGCAGAGCCAGCACAGGGAGAAGGCCGCACAGCUGCAAGGCGAGCUGGAGAGGCUGCAGAAGGAGUGCUCCAGCCUGCAGAAGGAGUGCACAUCCCUGCGCUCUGAGAAGGUGGCGCUUCUGGAGAAGCUGCAGCAGCUGGAGGUGGAGCUGGACAGCUCUCGGGAGCAGAGUGCCACCCUGAGGGGCAGCCUCAAUGCCCUGGAGAAGUCCCAGGGGGACCUGGAGAGCAAGCUGGGCAGCAUGCAGGACCAGCACAUGCAGGACGCCAGCAAGCUGAAGACGCAGCUGGCCCAGGCCGACAGCCGCACCAAGAGCCUGCAGAAGGAGUAUGAGGACACUCAAACCCAGCUGUUGGACCUGAGAGAGAGGUAUGAGCGGACGGAGCAGGAGAAGCGGUCCAUUAACGAUGAGCUGGAGCAGUGCAAGGUCAACCUGAAGCUUCUGCAGGAGAAGGGAAACAAUGUGAGUGUCCCAGAGUCCCGCCAGACCCUGGGGACGUCCUGUCACAGGACACAAGUGUCCCGGAAGGAACACAAUAACAUCCGCAAUAACAUGUUUUCUUUCUGUGAAACAAAGGUUUUAUCUGUGGAAGACUAAAGUAAUGUUGUUAUUUCAUUGUCACUUUGCUCUUUCACAGGCCUGUAAUUGAUGAGAACUCUUUUUCAGCUGUUUCCAGGACAAAGCUUAUAGCACUGGCAGAACCCACUUGCGGGGCAAGAAAAAAAAAACUGGCAAAACAAAAGUCAAACUGGUUAGCUUCUUUCAACCCGGUUCGUCUUUCAGCAGUGAUCAUGCUGCUCUUUUCCAGAAGGGCCGCUCCAGAUUUGACCGCUGGUUAGGCAUGGGAAACAGCGCUCCAGUGAGCCUGGUCUCUCAGCAGAGCUACGUGGCAGAGCUGAUGAGCGGGACGACGGCAGCUUAUGCGCGGAAAUGAGCUGUGCCAGCUCUGAGGGGACUCCCCCGAGGGCCACAGCCCGACCCUCCGCACACGCUCAGUAACGACCUGCUGCCCCGCGCUAUCAACAUCAGCACAAUACGGCCACCAUCAGCACCUCUGGGUUUGCCAUGCGCAGGAUAAAUCGGGGCUGAAGCUGCAGAUCUGCUAUUAGUUUUCUCUCUGCGUCCGUAUUUAAAAAGCAAAAACUGCAAAAACAGUCAGCAGGCGGUGAGAAAGGGCAGUUGCAGCUUGUUUGGUCACAUCUCAGGCAGGCGCGUGAACAGGCCCAUCACUAUGGCAGUUGCCUGGCGACCCAGGCUGAUUCAUUGCUGAUAAGCACAUAGUGUCACGGACAAAUGAAGCAUUGAAUUUUGAACAUCCUGCCAGUUACUUAAUUAUUUCCCCAACCCCCCGAAUGUUUUUCUGCAAAGCUGCUACUUGGUGACCCUGUGAUUCUGUGUGAAUCGGCUUCAGAUGGAAGAAGAAAGCUGAGUCUUCUCUUUUGCAUAGCAAUAUUUCCUUUUGUAGCAGUUUUUUUUUUUUUCCCCGGUUAUGCGAGAAUAAUCACGUAGGAGGUUUUGACUCCAUAAUUAUCACACUAUGCACGGCGGGCCUUCGGUGACCCUUUUUAAAAGGGAGUCUGUACACAGCAGCCGCUCAGCCUCUUUGGUCUCUGCAGCACCGGAGUGCAGUGUGUGUAUCAGGUUCUCCGUUAAACCGGGUCACCUUCACGCUGCUCCCACAGAUCAGUGUGCUGCCAGUCCC